AUGAUGGCUGAACCUCAACAUACCAACCCACCCCAGUUCGACCCUGCCCUCGUCCACCACUCUGGUCUGACCGGAAUGCAUCCACUCGCAGUGUUGAUAGACGAACUCAAAUCGGACGAUGUCUCAGCUCGUCUAACUUCAAUCCAUCGAUUAACUACCAUCGCACUCGCACUAGGCCCUCAAAGGACACGUGAUGAGCUUAUCCCCUUCAUCACCGAAGGCAUGGACGAUGAAGAUGAGGUCCUUCUAGCUUUGGCCGGCGAACUAAAUGCCGCUUUUGUCGAGUUCCUUGGCGGCCCCGAGUAUGCCCAUCUCUUACUCGUCCCCCUCGAAAACCUGGGAACAGUCGAGGAAACUCUGAUUCGUGACAAGGCUGCCGAAUCACUCACACAAAUUGCCGCGCUCCUAUCAGCUCAGCAGCUUGAAGAGUACUACGUACCGGCCAUGAAGCGACUCAGCGUGGCUGAGUGGUUCACCAGUCGAGCAACUUCUACCUCCCUGUAUGCAGCAGCUUAUCCCAAAGUAUCCGAUGCCACGAAAGAUGAAAUGAGGCGAAUGUACUCCGCACUAUGUGCCGAUGAGACACCGAUGGUCCGAAGGGCUGCUGCCAAAGAGUUAGGGCCGUUUGCCAAAGCCCUGUCCCAGAAUCACUUGGUCGCCGAUGCGGUCCCAGUCUUCCGCAAGCUUGCCGCAGAUGACCAGGAUUCGGUGCGUCUCCUGACGGUCGAUGCGCUAAUUGCAAUCGCAUCAUCCUUGCCCGAUAAAGCUGUGUGUAAGCAACAGCUGGGCUCGACCAUGAAAGCCAUGGUCAGCGACAAAAGCUGGAGGGUUAGGUACAUGAUCGCCGACCACUUUGUCCAGUUGGCGGAAAGCGCCGGUGAGGAUGUCGUGCGGGAGGAACUCGUCGGGGCCUAUGUUCACCUAUUGAAAGAUAAUGAGGCGGAAGUUCGAACCGCUGCCGCCGGUCAAAUUCCAGGUUUCUGUAAGUUGAUCGACCGAGAGGUCAUCCUGUCGCGUGUCUUGAUAUGCGUCAGGGAAUUAGCAUCGGACACGUCACAAUACGUUCGAGCUGCGCUCGGAACUCAAGUCGCGGGACUCGCACCUCUUCUGGGUAAAGAGGCAACUAUCGAACACCUUCUAUCCCUGUUUCUUCAGUUACUCAAGGAUGAGUUUGCCGAUGUAAGAUUGAACAUCAUUUCAAAGCUGGAGCAAGUCAAUGAAGUGAUUGGAAUCGAAUUACUAUCACAAGCAUUGUUACCGGCCAUCAUGGAACUAUCAGAAGACAAACAGUGGAGAGUUCGCCAAGCGAUCAUCGAGUACAUUCCACUCCUAGCCACCCAACUCGGAGUCUCAUUCUUCGAUGACCAACUGGCCGCGCUGUGUAUGGCUUGGUUGAACGAUGCAGUCUACAGUAUUCGGGAGAGCGCGACAAUCAACCUCAGGAAAUUAACUGAAGUCUUUGGGGUCGAGUGGGCUAAAACUACGAUCUUACCCAAGGUCUUGGCGAUGGCUAAGGAUGCCAACUACCUGCAUCGAAUGACUACUAUCUUCGCCAUCCGAACGAUGGCGCCAGCAUUAGAUGUCGAAGUCAUCAAAGGCCCGGUGUUAGAUACGGUGAUCAGUUUGGUUGGUGAUCCGAUUCCGAACAUCCGGUUCAACACGGCCAAAGCCUUCCAGACGCUAGCGAUCACCGUCGCGGGCCAGCCAGGAGGUAAAGAAGUGGCCCGGGAUAAGAUCCUGCCCAACUUGGCUAAAUUGCGCGACGACCCUGAUGCCGAUGUUAAGUUCUUUACCGAGGAGGCCCUCGCUGAUGCCGCCGCUGUCGCUUCGGGUGAACAGGCUGGCGCUAGAGAUACUCAAAUGAAAUGA